CCACACUUUCUCACUUUCAAGUCUCUUUCGAAAUCCUUGUUACCCAUUAGAGAUUUAUAUUAUUUUGCCCAUUUAUUUAUUUAUCCUCUUAAGUUUUCUCUUUUUGAGACCCUUUUGCACUUUCUCUUCCACUAAUAAUCUUUUUAUGGUGAUUGGGGUUUGAUUAGAUUAGGAUCAACAAAAGGGGUGGGAGAUAAUGGGGAUUUCCGCCUAGAUUCCUAUGCGCUCUUCCUCAAAAACAGCUAAAAUUAUUCAGCUCUAAAAUAAGAAAGAGGGAGGGGGGAGAGAGAGAGAGACAGAGAGGAGAGAGUAACAAGGGGAAUUGCUUUGUACUUUGCCUCCGCUGUUGGUUCUCCAGCCGCACUCUUUGUCUUGUUGAGGGAAAAGAUAGUGAGAGAUCUGCAGGUUUUAGGUGUUGGGUAUUGAUUUGAUGCGAUUUUGGGCAGUUGCUGAGGAUUCAGGAUGAACCCAGAUCAGAGAAGAAAGGCUUCAGCAGAAGUAGACUUCUUCACAGAAUAUGGAGAGGGAAGCAGGUAUAAAAUAGAAGAAGUGAUAGGCAAAGGGAGCUAUGGUGUUGUAUGCUCUGCCAUUGAUACACAUGCUGGAGAGAAGGUCGCAAUCAAGAAAAUUAAUGAUAUCUUCGAACAUGUUUCUGAUGCUACACGCAUUCUUCGCGAGAUUAAGCUUCUUAGGAUCUUGCGCCAUCCUGACAUUGUGGAAAUAAAACAUAUUCUAUUGCCGCCUUCUAGACGGGAAUUCAAAGAUAUUUAUGUUGUUUUUGAGCUUAUGGAAUCUGACCUACAUCAAGUUAUUAAAGCAAAUGAUGAUCUAACUCCAGAACACUACCAGUUCUUCCUUUAUCAGUUGCUUCGAGGUCUGAAGUACAUACAUACAGCAAAUGUCUUUCACAGGGACCUUAAACCCAAAAAUAUUUUAGCAAAUGCUGAUUGUAAACUUAAGAUAUGUGACUUUGGCCUUGCAAGGGUGGCAUUUCAUGAUACUCCCACUGCCAUUUUCUGGACGGAUUAUGUUGCAACUAGGUGGUACAGGGCACCUGAGUUAUGUGGUUCCUUUUUCUCAAAGUAUACACCUGCAAUAGAUAUAUGGAGCAUUGGCUGUAUCUUUGCGGAAUUAUUAACUGGGAAGCCUCUUUUUCCUGGGAAAAAUGUGGUCCAUCAAUUGGAUAUAAUGACAGAUCUUUUGGGCACGCCUUCUGCUGAAGCCAUUGCCAGAGUGCGCAACGAGAAAGCAAGACGAUAUUUAAGCAGCAUGCGCAGGAAAAAGCCUGUACCUUUCUCUCAGAAAUUUCCAAAUGCUGAUCCGCUUGCUCUUCGUUUGUUAGAGAGGAUGCUAGCUUUUGAACCCAAGGAUCGUCCAACUGCUGAAGAGGCUUUGGCCGAUCCUUAUUUCAGGAACAUAGCGAAGGUUGAGAGGGAGCCUUCUGCUCAACCUGUUACAAAAAUGGAAUUUGAAUUUGAGAGACGAAGGAUAACAAAAGAAGAUGUCAGGGAGCUCAUUUACAGAGAAAUUCUUGAAUACCAUCCAAAGCUGUUAAAAGAAUUCUUGGAAGGAUCUGAAUCUACUGGUUUCAUGUACCCAAGUUGUGAUGAUCACUUCAAGAAACAGUUGCUUACCUUGCAAGAACACUAUGGAAUGGUAAUUCGCAGGUCCCCUGCACGCUUGAGCAGACAAACCUCAUUUCCUAGACCAUGCGUGUUCUAUUCAGGAAACACGGUUCAGAAUCCAACUGAUGUAGCUCAAGGUUUUUCCAAAUGUGCGAUCAAGGAAGCUGAGAAGCCACAACAGGAGAGUUAUCCUGUAACAAGAGUUCCUCUUCAAGUUCCUCAGAGGUUCCAAGGUGCUGCUGCUGUUGCUAGGCCAGGCAAAGUGGUCGGCUCAGUACUCCGAUACAAUAACAAAGCUCCAAAUGCUGCUUCAGCUGCUGCGGAGCAGUUAUUCGAGCAACAACGAAGAUCCAUCAGAAACCCUACCAUCAUUCCUUCACAAUACAACAAUUCCUCCUCCGGCUGUUCCUAUCCCAGGAGAAACCCUAGCUGCAAGACCGAGAGAGGCGAUGACGAGGCGUCAGUGGGACCAGCUGUCAUGACACAAUCCAAGACCUAUAUCGGCGGUGCAAGGAAAGUGGCAGCAGUAGCUCGUAGCGGGUUUUAGAUUAACGUGAUGCCGAAUUCUUGAAGGGUUACCUCAUAGCUUUUAGUCUUUAACUUACCACCGCUGAGUUUUCCGCGCAUUGCCCGUUGUACAGUUUCACACUAUUAAGAGAUGAUGCCGAGAUAAUAUUCAAGUGUGAUCUUGGAUGAUUAUAUAAAUAAAGUUAACGAUGGUGCUCGGCGGUUCUGUGAUGAUUGUAUUGUAAUAGGGAGAACUGAUAGGGCACUUUUAUGAUGUUAUUGAAAUUAUCUUGUGCUUAUGAUGACAAACAAUUGUUGAAUUGUUGUAGGCUUCUGCUAUUACUUCGUUUCAUUUUAUUUCA